AUGCCAGAAUCCAACCUUUUCUCUUGUAACUUGUUACUGUCGGCAGUUUCUUCCAGUGGCGACGUGACGAUGACAAAACAAGUAUUCGACGACAUGCCCGAGUGGGACUUGGUAUCUUACAAUGCCCUUCUUGCGGCAUAUGCUCAAAACGGGCAUCUAAUAUGUGCUAUUGGGAUAUUCUCUACCAGGGAUCUCGCUUCUUUUACUUGUGUGCUUGCAGCAUACGCGGAUGCUGGGAAUCUAGAAGAAGCUAAGCGGAUCUUUACUAGAAUGCUGGUAUGGGAUGUUGUGGCGUGUGGUGCUAUGUUGUCCGCAUAUUCCAGUUCGUGGCAUCUGGAAGAUACUAAACGCCUGUUUAAAUCGAUGUUGCAAAGGAAUCUGGUUUCAUGGACUACAAUGAUGACAGCGUAUGCCCAGUAUGGGCAUAUUGAAGAAUCUAAAAGCAUGUUUGACAGUAUGCCGGAGAAGAAUCUGGUGGCAUGGAAUGCCAUGCUUGUAGCAUAUGCCCAGCUAGGGGACGCUGACAUGUCACGCCACCUUUUCCAGCAGAUGCCUCAACGGGAUGUCAUGUCUUGGAACUCCCUUCUCUUUGCGCAUGCCAACACAGGGAACGUUCCAUGCACUGAAAAGAUGCUUGCUCGCCUUCCAGAAGAGAACCUCACGUCUUGGGAAUGCCUGGAUAUCGGCGCUGUGCCACAACGGCUACUCGGCAAAGGCCUUGGAUGCGUUUAG